AUGAAUUUACCACAAUAUCAGAAAUGUUAUACGGAACCGGCGUACAAUCAAAAUACUUUGUGUCAAGAACCGAACUGUCAUAUGGAGCCUGCGUGCGAUCAAAAUACUUCAUUUAAGACCUGUAAAGAGCCGAAAUGUUAUCCGGAGCCGGAGACUGCAUAUAAGACGUGUCAAGAGCCGGUCAGAAAAGUAGAUUGUGAAUAUCCAAGUCCUACAAAUAAAACCGGGCAAUUUUACAAAUGUUGUACUUUAUCACCCGUUGCACCGACCCCUUUGAUCCGUGUCGAUUGUUGUGAAAAACUAAGACCUUGCAAAGGCAAUUUUUGCUCAUCGAUAAAUGCCGAUUGUGACGAUUUCGAAUUGACACCGUACGGAAAAGAAUUCGUUUUAAGAACUGGAAGAUUAAUUCAAAAUUGUUUAUGUGUAAAACUUAACGGCUUACAAGAUUCGUGUAAACAUGCUGGUUGCUGUACUAGAAUAGGCUGCAUGGAUAUCCCGUUUCCAAAUUGCCCACCAGCACGUUUAUGGAAAAAUGAAUACAUCUGCAGACAUAAGAUAAGACCCAAUAAUUGUCCAGAUAUACAUAUAUGUAAUAGAAAUAAAAAAUAA